CCUCUGUACCCUUCGGUAGUCAGAACAUGGAGAACUUCUCACUCCUCAGCAUUUCUGGAACUCGAAUCUCUUCCUCUGCCCUGAGCACGCUUCCUGAUAUUAUGUCCUCACAUGCCACCAGCUUGCCAGACAUCGCAAAGCCUGUGUUGCCCACUGAGGUGUCCAGACCAGUCCAGGCCCUGCCGCCCCAGUGCCCAGGUGGCGUUCUCCGGCACGGGGUGCACAACAUAGUGGUCUCGCCAGAUUGCAUCUUGGGGGACGCCCCAAAUGGAGAGCAGCUGAGGUGGAACUGCACCAUCUACCGGCCCUGGUUCUCCCCUUACAGCUACUUUCUAUGCAAGGACAAAGAGAGCCACCUUGAGACCUACAGCUUCCUGGAGGUGCAGCGGGACGAGCGUCAGGGGGACAGCUGCCUCCCAGAGGACACAGCCGAUAGCGUCUGCUCAUCCUCUCCCUCCCCAGAGAACACCUGCCCCCGAGAGGCCACCAAGAAAUCCAGGCCCGGCCCAGACACCACAGACUCCAUCACAUUCCAGGACAUCCUGACGGCCUCCAAGUGGCACCCGGCCCAGCAGAAUGGCUACAAGUGUGCAUCUUGCUGCCGCCUGUACCCGACGCUGCACUCCCUCAAGAGCCAUAUCAAGAGGGGCUUCAAGGAGGGCUUCAGCUGCAAGGUGUACUACCACAAGCUCAAAACCCUCUGGUACAAGGAGCAGAAGGCCCGGCCGGGAGACAGGCUCUCCUUGGGCAGCGGCCAGGCCUUCAGGUAGGCCUGCUGGACAGCAGCGGUUUCCUUGUUAGUGGAUGACGCCAGGU